GCACAAAGAUCAGGAUUUGCAGGAAAUAAUAUCUCGGGUUUAUUAAAUCCUGGCAACCAAGGAAGGACCCAACAGUCAGCUCCAACGUCUCUCUUUGCUACUGGUCGAUUACCUUCGCAGUUUUCCCCAAUUCGCAUGAGUCAUGAUGCCCAGUUCUUCCCCCAGUUCGUCCUGGGCUGUCUCAUGCACCCUGUGAAGCUUAUAAACGCUGCUCCUCCCACUGCCCUUGUGUACAUCACUCCCUCGAUUCCUGACCGUGGCCCACUCAGUUUUCACUACCUGGUCGCACUCUAGUUCUAAAUUUAGCCGGUUCGGUAGGGUUGUUUGCGGGCCCCAAUUUUGGCUUUUUCUGAUUAUGCACUGCAUCAUUAGUGUCCAUGGUCAAGUGAAGUGAGCGUAACUGGGUCGUGUUUAUUAACGCUUCUUGGGAGAGACAGUCUGCUAUUGAUUUGAUUAGUUGUGCAUGACGCAGUGCUUGAUAUUUCUCCUUUCUUGAGUUUGUGUGGCGAGAGUUUUCCAGUUUCUGAGGUUUUUGCUUCCUUCCCGUGAUAGCUUCAACUCCUCCAUUGUCUUUCAAGAGUCAGUCCGUGUUUCUGGAAGAGGGCGGGUAUUAUCUCGUAGGGAAGUGCAGAGUUGCUAGAGCUUGAACUCUAGGGGAGUCAUUCCCAUGGACUCAUCCAUGAACGAGUACGAGUCGCGGAAAUGUUGGUGUGGAGUCCAUGCCUACCGGUUGAUCAUCAUUGGAGCCUUGUGCUUUUUACUUAGCGGCUUGGUUGCUGGUACCAAUGCCGCAACAAUCGGAAUUGGCUAUGGUACGAGUGGAGACAACCUUCCGCCAACCGAGCAAGUGGUGCAGUUCCUCAAAACUCUCAAUGUCACUAAAGUGAAAAUUUACAACACGGAUGCGAACGUUAUACGAGCAUUUGCGAACUCAGGAAUGGACCUCUCCAUCACAGUGCCGAAUGGAGACAUUAUUCAUAUGGCAACAGACAUGACGUUCACUCAGAACUGGGUCAUCUAUAACUUACAACCUUUUGUUCCUGCUACAACCAUCACCACCAUUGCUGUCGGGAAUGAGAUCCUUACCAGUGACACAGCUGAUACAGAUAACCUCGUACCUGCAAUGGUGAAUCUUCAUUCGGCACUCGUAACAGCCGGUCUUGGCGACAUCAAAGUCUCAACUCCGCACGCGUUCAGCGUGUUGAACGUAUCGUUUCCACCCUCUGCAAGCGUUUUCCGCCCUUCAUUUGCAGCCUCGGUAAUGAAACCUCUACUGGACUUCCUGAACCAGACAGGCUCCCCGUUCAUGGUAAACAUAUUCCCUUUUUUCAGCUACAUGUUCAACUACAACACCAUCAACCUUGACUACGCCCUGCUGAACCCUAACGCACCGCCUGUCAACGACCCCGGGAACGGCAAGAUAUACACAAAUCUUUGGGAUGCUCAGAUCGAUGCUAUCAUCUCUGCCAUGGCAUCCUUGGGGCACCCCAGCAUACCAAUCGUGGUGACGGAGUCUGGAUGGCCUUCAGUUGGUGAUGUUACUCAGGUGGGUCCCAGCGUAGCAAACGCUCAAACCUACAAUAACAAUCUGGUGAAGCUUGUGCUUGCAGAUCCGCCCAAGGGCACUCCUCUGAGACCUGGAGUUGCAACUCCAACCUACAUUUUCUCCCUCUUUAAUGAGAAUCUUAAGACUGGCAAGAUUACGGAGAAGAAUUGGGGUCUGUUCCACCCCGACAUGUCGCCCGUCUACACUGCCAGCUUGUCGACAUAAGCUGUGCCAGGCUUCUUCAGGUGAGCCCAGCUAUAUUUUUCCUACACAAGUAUUGCAUCGAAGGAGUCAAGAUUUUCGGUGAAGAUCAGCCUUCAGAUAUUGCACAACUUGUGCAAGCAGUGAUGAGUUAACGAUGUCGUCUAGUCUAGACUUAAUGCGCAGUCCUUUAUUUUGCAAUUUUUUGUGUCUUAACGAGUGUUGGUUUGUUACCAUCUCAUCGUCUAUUAGUAACAUAAUUUGUGCGACCAGCAUAUGCUCAACACAGUUGAGCUGCUGAGGAGAAGGCCUGAUAUCAUUUUCCACCUGUGGGGUAUCCACUGGGUAGUUAGAAUGCCAAGCUUGUUUUGUUUUGUUCUGGGCAACCCCAAGAGUAGCAGGAUCGUUAUAACAGGAUAUGACACCGUCAGCAACUGGAUUGCAUUGACUGAGACCUGUAGAUAUAGUUGUCUAUAAUGUGGCUUCAGUUGUGUCAACCCAUGAUUUGAUUCGACAUGAUGAGAAAUUGAGCAAGUGCACUACUCAAUUGUUAUUUCUUUUUUCAUUUAUAUAUAUAUAUAUAUAUUGCGCUGUUGAUCCAGCCCAAAACUAUUCUGUUU